AUGGCUGCUCCGAUUGCCGCAAGGAUGGAGGAUUACCAUGAAUUUCUCGAUCAGGUACACGGUAGACAAUGCAGGGUCACCACCUUCGACAGACACGGUACAGAUCUCGUAUACCCAACCAUUGAACAACAUCUCACAAUUUCGCAGAGCACCACCUAUAUGCCAUACGUGUAUUCCCCCUUGGAACUACCGGACCAAAUACGGCUCCUAAGGAUCCAUCCAGGUGAACCUGAAGACCCCAUCGAAACAUCACUCGUCACUGCAAGUCUGGAUGUCUCACCAGAUUACGACGCUUUGUCUUAUGUAUGGGGAAGUCACGCAGAUCGGUGUCAAAUUUGGGUUGAUGGGCUUACCGUAUGCGAGCGACCGAUCUGGAUUGACGCGUUCAGCAUCAACCAGGAAGACCUUAACGACAAGAGCCAUCAAGUGCGUUUAAUGUGCGACAUUUACCAAGGUGCAAGAUCGGUCGUGGUCUACCUCGGGAACGCCACUGACAAGACGGGCGAUGCCAUGCGAGCUUUACAGUAUUUGAUUCAGGCCCGGACUGAAACAGCCGAGCCUCCAUGGAUGCAUACAGAGUUGAUCGAUGUCGAAGAUGUGCUCCAGGAUAUCCUGGACCGACCGUGGUUCAAACGGAUAUGGACAGUCCAAGAGGCCACAUUGGCACGGCAUACAAUUCUGGUAUGUGGAGAGCACCGCCUCUCUUGGUAUGGAAACCUCCAAAGCCUGAGACGCAUCGCAUUUCGAAUCAAAAGCACCGCUAUAUCACCAUACUUCUCAGUAGCUUCCGGGCGCAAAAGCAAGCUCGACUGGUCUUCUUUGCUGGACAUUGUAGAGACGCAAAUGCGCCAGGCGGCGAGAAGAGAGGGUGCUGUCAUCCAUCGAAACCAACUAGAUCUUGCAUUCCAAUUCAGAUAUCGUCAGUCUGCAGACCCUAGAGACAACUACUUCGCUCUCUUCGGCAUCGUGGAGAACGAGAAUGGUGGCCGGCUCGAGUUCAAACCGGACUACUCGAUCAGUUUGAAGGAAUUACAUUUGCGGUACAUGGAAGAGAUUCAACGUAUCAGUGAGAUAGAGGAUGCACCGCCUUCUCCGACGCCAACCUACUCACAAGUCUGGGUUUGGAGCUGA